GGCAGGGCCUGGGUCUGGGGCAGGUCCUGGGGCUGGGGGUGAGGCCUGGGGCAGGGGCCGGGGUCUGGGGGUGCCCCCGACCCCGCGGGGCCCUCAAAGCUCCCGCUUGUUUGCCGGGCGCCCGGGAUACCGGAUGGGCCCCGCCCCGGAGUCCGGAGUCCGGAGUCCGGAGGCGGGAGGAGGGGCGCCCGGCGGCCCGGCCGAGCCCUGGGUGGAGGGGGGGGGCCGCUCUUCCGUCCGCAGGUGCCGCAGGCCCGAGCGCCCCGCCGCGCCCCAUGGGCUCCGACGUGUGGGUCGGCCCCUGGCGGCCGCACCGGCCCCGCGGCCCCAUCGCAGCGCUCUACCGAGGCCCGGGCCCCAAAUACCUGCUGCCCCCGAACACCGGCUACACCCUGCACGACCCGUCGCGGCCCCGCGCCCCGGCCUUCUCCUUCGGCGCGCGCCUCCCCCCGCCGCGGACGUUUUGCGGCCCCGGCCCCGGCCACCUGGUUCCCGCUCGCAUGACCGUGCGCGGCCCCGACGGCAGCCCCGCCUACUCCAUCCACGGCCGCCCGCGCCCCGCGGCGCCCCUCCUCACUCCCGGACCGGGCAGGUACUUCCCCGAGCGAGCUGGGAACGCGACGUACCCCAGUGCGCCUCGGCACAGCAUCGCACCCCGCAACUGGGGCGCCCACGCGGAGCAGCAGACCCCAGACCCCGGGCCCCUGCGCCUACCACGUGGUGAGCCCCGCGAUCUACAAGGCCCGGGCCCCCCAGUUCUCCAUGCUGGCGCGGACCUCGCCCCCCCGGGACAACAGCCUGAAUCCGGGGCCUGCGGCCUACAGCGUGGACCAGCACCGGAAGCCCCGCGGCUGGAGCUUCGGAAUCCGGCACUCGGACUACCUGGCCCGGGUCCUGACCGACGCGGACGACUGACCGGGCGGGCGGGCCCCACACGUUUGCAUAAAGCCUCCCGAGCCUGCAGAACGUGCGCCCCUCUGUUCGCCGCGGGCGCACGGGAGGGGGGGCGGCGCUUGGUCCCCGGGGUCCCGUCCCGCAGCUGGCCUACCCAGCCCCGGAAGGCACGCGUUGCCGUGAUUGGUCGCGCAGUAGGGUCGUCCCGCCCCCGCGGCGGCCAUUGGCCCAGAGCCCCGCCCAUCCGAGCUGCCCCGCCCCCGCCGUCCACUUGCCGCCUUUGGGAUCCGAGAGGGCGACUCCGAGGCAGAGGAGCGGACACGGGAGGGAGGGGCGGGGCCGGGCCAAGCGCUCCUGCCGCAGAGACACCGAGACAGGGCGGCGGCAGGUUCCAGCGGUGUCGCACCCCGCAGGCCCGGGGCGAUGGAGCCACAGGGGCCCCGCCCGGGCGCACCCGCUGACCUCUCGCGGGGAGAGCCAGAGCCCGAGCGACUCCCGGAGCUGAUCCGCCUGAGCUAGGCGGACCUCGGGGCGCCUCUGACCCUGGGGCCCCCACUGUCAGUGACCCCAGGAGAACCCACCACUGUGGGACACCCCCCCCCCGUGUUGGCUACACCCCUGUAUCCCAUGCCCCGGGGCCAUGCCACUGCAAGACCUGGGUCUGCAGAAGACCGUGGCACUGGCCUGGGCCAAGUCUGAACAACAGCUCAGCACUCAGAGCAUUCCACAGGAGCAGUGGGGGACAAGGUCACCCUGGUCCUCCUACCUGUCCUGGCUGCCUGUGGACUGCAAGGUUAGAAGAUGCCUCCUCUCCAGCCCAGAACGCCUGACCCAAAGAGGUCAGCAGCCCACAGGCAGUUUCUAGUUUCAGCCUGGCCUAGACGGAGUCCCCAAAGGCAGACCCCAGGCUUCUGACCCCCAGGAUGGAACUGAAGGUUCCCCCUCCCCAUCAGCCCCCAUCACAGGACCAAGUUGUCCAGCUUCCCUUUCAGUACCCCAGUCAGGACUCCCAAGGGAAGAGCUGGGCAUUCCUCUCCCUUGGUUCCCCAGACUUGUGUCCCUAGGAAUGGGUACUAGCCUCUUCCCCAUCACUCCCCAAACCAAAUGAGGACAGUUUUUUUUCCAUUCCCUCUCCGCCAGCCCUAUAUCUGCUACAACUGCUUAGAACUCCAGCUGAAGUCCUAACCAGGGAAAGUAAGGGGAGAUGUGAAAGUAGAGGAGUAGCUGCGCAGGUGUACUCAGGUACCUACCCAGCAGGUUCCAGGGAUCAACAGAUGUGGUAUGGGCAAUGGGGUGAGGGGGUGCAACCUGGACAAACUGGAGUCCAUUUCUGGAUUCACUGUCAUCUAGAGCCCAGAGCAGGUACAGGUGGGCUGACUGGUCACUGAUCUAGGUGCCUGAUAGUAGUACUGGCUGGAAUCUCUGAAGGAUCACUGAUGGGUCAUUAACCAGGGUCAGAUAUUAAUCAAAGUUAUUUAUGAGUCAUUGAUGGUCACUGAACUUGGAUCAUCAGUGAAACUUUGGAGUCAUUAAUAGAGAUUUGAUCAGAA